AUGACCCCCCAACGCGAUUUUCUCGUCGAACAACCCACUCACUCCGAUGAGGUCGUAAUUAACUUCCCUGCGGAACAUGUUCUUGUCAUUGUUAUGAAUCGCCAAGCAUCUUUGAACGCGAUGACGCCACAAAUGGAAACAGAUAUCAAAAAUUGCCUCAACUGGUUCGACAGCGAACCUUCUUUGUGGGUGGCAAUCAUCACCGGGACAGGCCGGGCCUUUUGUGCGGGCGCAGACCUCAAAGCAUGGAACACUAAGCAGCAAGGCGGCCAGUCUGAUGAACAAGAGAGAAUCGCAUCAUCUCCCCAUGGAUUCGGCUCUAUCUCACGUCGUGUGUCUUCUAAGCCGAUCCUCGCUGCUGUGAAUGGCGGCGCGUUCGGCGGAGGCGUGGAGAUGGUAAUGAACUGCGAUCUUGUCAUUGCCAGUGACGAGGCCGUCUUUUCCCUUCCAGAAGUCAAGCGUGGGGUCAUCGCAGCCCAAGGAGUCAUUCCUCGGCUGAGAGCUGUAGCAGGACAUCAACUGGCCUCCGAGAUGCUUUUGCUCGGACGAACAAUCAGUGCCGCGGAGGCACAGCAGCGCUUUGGAUUCGUCAACUCUGUCGUUCCAAAAGAGAGAGUACUUCAGACGGCCAUCGAAUGGGCGACGCAGAUAGCGGCGAACUCGCCAGACGCUGUGCAAAGCACGAAGCGGGGGUUAAUUUUGGCCGCACAGCAUGGUGACGUAGAGCGCGCAGUCAUCGCCCAUGCCUGGAGCGCCGAAAGCAAACGGGCUUACAAGGGGAAUAACAUCAAGGAGGGCCUCAAGGCGUUCUCGGAGCACAAGCGCAAGCCCAACUGGAGUAACCCUGCCAAGUUGUAG